GAGAAGGAGGGAGGCGAGGAAGCUAUGCAGGUGGAUGGAAGUCUGCCGGCUGUAGCAACCUCACAGGCAACCACGUCAGGGAAGGGCGCGCGGUCCUCUGAGCCGACAUCUCUGGCCCAAUCUUCCGACGAACGAGGUACCAAUGUGCGAGACACAGCAGCUAUUAUACAGGGGAAAGUCCCCUCUACGCAGGAGCUGCUCGAGGGUAUUGAUUUGAGGAGGCUAGAGCUUGACAGGGGAAGCGAGAGCGAACUAAGGCUCUCGGACCUGGAUGAGCAAUUAUGAGGCACCCACCGCCCUUGUCAGUAGCCCAGACCAACCUGCACCACGCGGUCGCGGCCUCGGCUGUAAUUGUGAGCAGGUUUUCUACGGACGAUCUGGGCAUAGUACUGAUUCAGGAGCCGUGGACAUACAGGGCCAGGUAAGGGGCCUCAAAGGAACACAUAGUAAGGUAAUAUGGGACCUCUCCGUUGAGAGGCCUAGAGCAUGUGUAAUGGUCAGGAAUGAUAUCGAUUUUUUCUGCAUUACAGAGUUUUUAAGCCAGGAUCUGGUAGCAGUACAAGCGACGCUUUGGGUGGAAGGAAGACCCAGGGACAUAGUGUUUGCCGCCGCAUACUUUCCGGGGGAUAACCACAGCAUUCCCCCUGCAGAGGUACAAGACCUGGUGGAGCAUUGCAGAAGAGCCCGACUUCCUUUAAUCCUCGGUUCCGAUGCGAAUGCCCACCACGUUGAGUGGGGCAGCACCGACAUCAACAAAGUCAACAAAGGGCAUCGACUUCAGGCGACUUGAGCUCGAUAGGAGAAGCGACAGCGAACUACAGCUCUCCGAUCUCGACGAGCCCCAACUAUGAC